GGGCCUGCUUCCCCUCCUGGUCAAGGCCAACUACAUUCUACCCGGGCUGAGGUGCCUGUUCAGGUGCGAUUUCCCAAGAGCCAUAGAGGUUGUGGGAGGUUUUGGCAAAGGGAGGGGCUGUUAUAAAAAUCUGCCUCUAGACUAAUUUCUCUUUUCAUUCCCAGUAGGGCCCUCUCUCUAGUGCUAGAACAGAAGAGCAGGACAGCUCUGAUUUUUUUUUUAAUAAAUCCUGAAUUGUAUUUACAAAAAAAGAGAUAGAAUUAGAUUAUUAAAUGAAAUAAGAAUAUUUAUGCUUGUAGAAAGAUUAUUGAUUUUGACAGAUGGUCAUUGGUGGGUCUCAAUGGAAGAGCAUUCCAUUAAGUUAUGUGGAAGAAUGAUGUCUUAAUGAGCAACCAUGAUUUGGUGGGGAAAAGUAUGAGGAAAUAUUUGUCUCAAUCAGCAGGGGAACAAGAUUAGCGAAGACCUCCGUCAACAGAUUCAAUGGACUUUUUACUCCAUUGCAUUCUCCAUCUCUUACUGCUUCCUCUCUGUGAGCAAGAAUCAGAGUCUUCACAGAGAAUAAAGCAUAAGAAUUAUGAAACAGCUAUCCUGGGAAGAGAUGUUACCAUCUUCUGCAAUUUGACCAGUUUGGCAGAUGUUUUGCAAGUUACCUGGCAGAAAAUCCAAGACUCUUCGCCUCACAAUAUUGGCACUUACAGUCACAAAUAUGGAGAAAAGAUUCUCCCACCAUACGUAAACAGGCUGCAGUGCAAGAUGCUGGAACCCAGCACCUCCUUCAUGACUAUCCAAGGAGUGACAUUUGAAGAUGAAGCCUGCUACAAGUGCCUGUUUAACACUUUUCCACACAUCAGCCAUGGAGAACAAACCUGCCUUAACAUUUCAACUGUAUCUGAACUAGUAACUGAACUCCAGUCUAUACCUGGCUCUGAGGAUCUUCAUAGCCUUCGUUGUUCUGCUGUGGGAAAGCCUGCCCCUGGAAUCUCCAUUUACCCAUCACAAGUCACAGUACACCCAGAACAAGAAUACCUUGUUCAGAACCCCAAUGCCACAGUGGCUGUCACUAAAAUCUACAGCAUCUCUUUGAAAACUGCGAGGUCCCUGGGUCUUCAGAACGUGGUUGUGUCCAUGACUCACCCAGUAAGACAUGAAGAGAAGAUAGUCCCUCUGCCAGGAAAUCAAGGAGGUUCCACGAAUCCUCUUGUAAACUGGAUGGUAGCAACAAUAGCAUUCAUCAUUUUGUCUUUCGUUUCAUGUGUCAUCAGUGUCGUUCUCUAUAUUCAUUUCCAAAAGAAGAGGUCAGAGAACUUGCCUGAACCAUCACCACCGCAGAUGUCUAACACAAUACCAACUCUGAUACCCACACCACCAUCAGAAGAAACCGAGAACUUGAUAAGCCAACACCACCAGACAGAUCUAAUUGGAAAUCUGUGUGUUGUACAGUCAUCAUCAGAAGAGCAACCUCCCGCUGGAUGGGAACGACUAUAGAGACUCACAGAUAUUAAACAGAGAGUGGGAAACCUUGGGACACUCAGUGCUGAAUCGAAUGUCUCCAUCAAACUCAUUCCUUCCUCACAGCUCAGGAAACCCUGCAGAAGAGGAGGUGGAAAGAGCCUAAGAGGCAGAGCAGACAGAGGAGGACACCACAAAACAAGAUCUUCUAUUUUUUUUUUCUUUCUGUUUUUGAGACAGGGUUUCUCUGUGUAACCUUGGCUAUCUUGGAACUCUUUGGAGACCAGGCUGGGCUUACACUCACAGAGAUAAGCCUGUCUCUGCCUCUUGAGUGCUGAGAUAUUAUGGGUGCGUGAUACCACCGCCUGCCAAGGCCUUCUGAAUUAGCAUGAGCAAAGCUCAAAUGAACUCAGAGACUGAAGGAGCAUGCACAGAGACUACACAUAGUAUCUGCCCCAGAUCCUUUGCAGACAUAUUAUGGUUCCUAGUUUAGUGUUUCCAUGAGAUUCCAUUGAGUGCAAACAAAUGAGUUUAUGAUUCAUGUGCCUUCUCUUGACCUCACUUUCUUCUGUUACUUGUCCAACUUCGAAGUGAUAGUAUUUGUUUUAUUUUAUUGUAUUUUGAGAAAAGUGAAUUAGUGAGUGAAUGAAAGCCUAGCUAUUAGGGGGAAAAGGGAAUGCUAAGCUGCCAUUUACACCUUCUGGCAAAGGGAAGAGCAGUUUUUCCAAUAGAGUAACCCUGGGUAUAUCAACCAUUCUCUAGAGGCCUCAUGUUCAGGAACUGACCAACCAAUAAUAGACUCCAUACUUUUGUUUUUUGUUGAUAGUUAUUCUGCAUGCUUUAAUUAGGUUACAGUUUGUGGGGGUUUUUGUUUUGUUUUGUUUCGUUUGUAGGGAUGUGCUUGGGGUGUUGUUUUUUGUUUUCUUGGAUUUUGUUUUGCAUUGGCUUUUUGUUUAUUUUUUGAAAAAGAACUUAAAGUUGUCUGGGUAGGAGGGGGUUGAGAACCUGAAUGGACUUCAGAGAGUGGAAGAAUAGAAUCAAAAUAUGUUUUAAUUUAAAAUUGUUUUUAAACAAUAAAAAUAAUAGAAAAUUAUUACAAAAUCUGAGAAAAUAAUUUAGGUUUGGGCUACAUAUUUUAUUCUACAAUUGUUCAAAUUGUGUACUUGCCACUUAUAAACCUUAUAUAAGACCCCUUCAACUUAAAAUGUCUUUAAAAUAAUACACUAAGAUGAAAACUUUCAUAAAAGACAACACUGAAUUCAGAUUAUAAUAAUUUUAAAACAUUAAUUUUUUCAUGCUGGAAUGAUGGUCCAGCAGUUAAGAGCAUUUUAUAUUCUUCUAGAAGACUCAGGUUUGAUUCCCAGCACCCACAGGCAGGCUAAGUUACCGUGUGUAAUUCCCAGGAGAUCCAAUGCCUUCUUUUGGACUCUACAUGCGCCAAGGAUUUAUAUGUUAUACCUCUUUUGAAGGUUUUAGAAUUUUCUUCCGUUAAUUUAAUCUCACUUUUACUUAGGUCUAUAACAUGCCUUUCCUCGAAUACUUGUUUGGCAGUCCAGAAAUCUUCUAGUCUUCUUAAUAUGUAUGUUUAGUGUUUUAUCUACUAACAAUAUUCAUUUUUUACUAUGCCACUCUCAAUUUUUCUUGUUAUAGAACUUCUAAGGUACAAAUUUUACAAUACAGAAUUUCUAUUAUAUGACC